AAUUUAAAAUGACUGAGCUGAUACCAUACGAGAAUGAGUCCAUUGCCAGGAACUUUAUCUUUGGAUUCAAAUCAUCCCUUCUCAUGCUCCAAACUUUCUUUGUUAUUAUUGUGAUUAUCACAAGAGAGGAAUACAUCUAUCGAGCAAUUGAUAGUGAUUUGAGUACGGAUAGUAAUAAAUACAAAACUGCGGAACUCAUAACCAUAAUUUCAUCAUCAGUUUUCUUUGCAUUUCUCCUACUUGAAUUCUUCGUUAUAUUAAUGGGUAUCAGUACUAAAUUUCUAAAAGCAAGCUCUUUCCAGAUCCUCUUACACUUCUGGGGAUGAAUCUUGACUCUAUUCGUAAUAAUCAACAGAAUGCACUACAGCCUCAUCGUAAUUAUCACUGUCAUCUUCGGCCUGGUUCCUUUCCUGAUCGAACUGUUAGUCCUUUGCUACUACUAUUUCCAAAGGAAAAUCCAACAGAAUUACAUUCAGAGGCCUGGGCAGAGAACCCACCUCUCUCGUGAAGAAGUCAGUCGCAGGAAGAAGAUUGAAGAAAAGAACAUCCAACGCUCUAGAGGACAUCACAUGAAUAAUGAGAUUGAAGAAGUAAAGGAACAAAGGCAAGAUGACCAGAGGAUCGAAGGCCAGGAUAACCCAUUCGAUGAUGACCAUCAGCCUAGAGAAGAACACAAAGAUGAUUUGCAUGAUUAUGAAGAUGAAGAUGAAAAAUACGAAGAAGAUGAAUAUUAUAAGCAGGAUUACCCUAGAGAUGGACCUUCGCUUAAUCCUGACCGAGAUUAUGAUGAUGACUACUCUCGCAGUCCACCAAGGGAUUAUGAUUAUUCCAGAAGUCCUAGAAAUCAUAGUGAAGGAUAUUCCCCAAACGAUAGGUCUGGAGAAAGAUCAAGAUCAGGCGGUAGAUCAAGAUCUGGCGAUGGAUCAAGAUCUGGUGACAGAAAUAGACCUAGAAGAUCAGAUGAUUUGUCCAGAGGUAUGGAUCUUGAUUAAGAGCAAUAUUCUAAAGUAUUUUCAACCUAUA